UUGAUGGCGAAAAUGGAAGAAUUGUCAUGAAACAGUGUCAACAGCACAAAAUGCGCGUGUCGCGCAGAUUCGGGCAAGGCAGCGGGAGAAAAAAUCUGACACGGACCACGAAUCAGUAAGAACGUCCGGCGUACUGUGCCGAUUUGCGCAGCAUCAAAGAUUAGCUCAAAAAGGCAGGCGACAAUGCGCAAGGGGACGAUAUGCCCGAACCCAAGCGUAAGCGUCUUGCACAAGCAUGCGAUGUGUGUCGACGAAAAAAGAUUAAAUGCGACGGCGCGAGACCAACGUGUGGCAACUGUGAGAAAUUGGGCAGACAAUGUACAUACAAUCCAAACGUCAAAAAACGCGGUCCACGACAAGGUUAUAUUGAAAUGCUAGAAAAACGGUUGGACAAAAUGGAGAAAAUGCUUUCGCGUGCCAGUGAAGGAAGUGGCGGUGACGACACUGAUAAUACACCACCGGUUGAGACUGAGCGUUCUUCAGCAACCACUGCACCUCUUAAUGGAAAUCACCGUUCCAAUAGUAGUAACCAAGCAACAGCAACAACAAUGGGGUCAGUAGACGAAGGUAGCAAUGUCCAACACCACCAUGACCGAACGACUUCAACUGCUCCUGCAAGCUCAUACACUUCACCGACUCAACAACGACAGCAGCAGCAACAGCAACAACAGCUGGAACAACAGCAACAACAAGCAUGUGCAAAUACGGCAAUAGCAGUUGCUAACUUGAAUACCGACAACAGUCUUUACAGCAAAUGCUCAAAUUUACCCUGCAUGAAUAUCGUCAUACAUCUUGUCGAGCUUUACUUUGAAAACAUAUACUUUUACACACCCAUCUUUGAUCGAGAAACACUGAUGCGUGAUGUUCGAGAACAACGAUGUUCCGAGUUUUUGACUCUAAGCAUUUUGGCUGUAUCGGCUAGGUUCUCCGAACGACCGGAUGUGCGUGAGGAUCCACCAUGGCAUUCGGGCGAAAAAUAUGCAUCAAAAGCCCGAGAUCUUUUGUUGACUGCAAUCGACACGCCGUGUUUGUCAAACGUUCAGGCUCUUAUUUUACUGACGCUGCAUGAAUAUGGCUGUGCAAGAGGUCCAAGGAAUGGCAAUCAGAAUGGCGAUGGAACUCGGGUUGAACAAGGAACCUGAUUUGGAGGAAAACUCGGGCAAAAACAUGUCAACCAAUCGAUGGACUGAACAAGAAGUGCAGCGACGGGUGUUUUGAUUUUUGAGCGCGUCAACGGGCCGACCGGGCGUUUUACAGGAGGAAGAUUGUGAAGUAUUGUUACCGUCAGACGAAGACGGAUGGUCCAAA